CCACCACACAGCCCCCCAGCAGGCCUCAAAUAUCACAAGUCAAAAGACGGCCACUCGCUACGAACAGCAGAGGAAGUGUGUUACAGAGGCUGAUUCUGGUGUCAAGGACGGAAAAAAAGCAAACCCUCUACUCUGCCUCCUCCUCCUCCUCCUCCUCCCCGGCAGCCAGACCAUCUUUCCUCUGGAGGAAACCGGGGCAGUCGUUCUAUGCUGUGGUGGAGGACAGGAGUCGUCUCAGAAAUCUGACAAAUCUCAUCGCUUUGCAACGAGGGACGUCACCCUCGGGCCCCCGGGAGGUUGUUUGGAUAUUUGACUUUGAGUCGGACGGUAACGAUCCACAGCCAUGUCGCCUUUCCUGAGGAUUGGAUUCUCCAACUUUGAGAUUGAUCCCGGUCUGGCUUACCACGAAGAGGUGCUGAACCCUUACUGCGCCGUUUACAUGAAGGAGGCCAUCGACACAGAAAAGGGUCAAGUGUACAAGCAGAAGAAGCCCACCAUGUACCCACCGUGGAGCACCACGUUCGACGCCCACAUCCAUCGCGGGCGCAUCAUGCACGUGAUGGUGAAGGACCGAACGGCCGAGCUAAAGUCCGAGGCCACGGUGGCUCUGGACUCGCUGGCAACGCGCUGCAAGAAGGAGAACGGGAAGCUGGAGAUAUGGUUGGAGUUGAAGCCGCAAGGUCGUCUGCUGAUGGAGGCCAGAUACUAUCUGGAGAGAAGUGAUGCUGCGGGCCAGACUGACGGAGAACGAGAGUCCGAACGGCAGCGCGAGGGUCUGUUCACGCUGCAUCAGCGACGCGGCGCCAUCAAACAGGCCAAAGUGCACGUCGUCAAAUGUCACGAGUUCAGCGCCACGUUCUUCCCUCAACCGACCUUCUGCUCCGUCUGCAAAGAGUUUGUCUGGGGCCUUAACAAGCAGGGUUACCAGUGCAGACAGUGCAAUGCAGCCAUUCAUAAAAAAUGCAUCGAUAAAGUUAUCGCCAAAUGCACCGGUUCGGCCGUAAACAGCAAAGAAACAAUGAUCCACAAGGAGCGCUUCAAGAUCGACAUGCCCCACAGGUUCAGAGUGUACAACUACAAAAGUCCCACCUUCUGUGAACACUGUGGGACUCUGCUGUGGGGGCUCGCCAAGCAGGGGCUCAAAUGUGAGGAAUGCAGCAUGAACGUCCACCACAAAUGCCAGAAGAAAGUCGCCAACCUCUGUGGCGUCAACCAGAAACUGAUGGCAGAAGCUCUGGCGACCAUUGAGAGCAAACAGCAGGCCCGAGGCACCAAAGAGACUGACAUCAUUGGUCGAGAAGGUCCAGUGGGCAUUGGGCAGCCAGGAGUGGUCCGAGCUCCAUCUGGGUUAAUAAUGGGAUUACCAGCCACGGCUACACCUGCAAACAAAGAUGUUCAGGGUGUUUCAUGGGAGGGACCAAUGGACGUCGGUAGACCUGUCUCGGACGUGGCGAGCGAAGAGCCCCUGUACGCAGUUCCAAGGAAGGAUCACCAAUCCAAAUUCACCAUCGAAGACUUUGUCCUUCACAAGAUGCUUGGAAAAGGCAGCUUCGGAAAGGUGUUUUUAGCCGAGCUGAAGAAGAGCGGCAAGUUUUUCGCCGUGAAGGCGCUGAAGAAAGACGUGGUCCUGAUGGACGACGACGUUGAGUGCACCAUGGUGGAGAGGAGGGUUUUGUCUUUAGCUUGGGAGAAUCCUUUCCUCACGCACCUUUACUGCACCUUCCAGACCAAGGAAAACCUGUUCUUUGUCAUGGAGUAUCUGAACGGAGGAGAUCUCAUGUUCCACAUCCAAAACUGCCACAAGUUUGAUGUGCACAGAGCCACCUUCUAUGCGGCUGAGAUCAUCUGUGGCCUCCAGUUCCUGCACUCCAAAGGCAUCAUUUACAGAGAUCUGAAGCUGGAUAACGUGCUCCUGGACUCAGAUGGUCACAUAAAGAUAGCGGACUUUGGCAUGUGCAAGGAGAACAUGCAAGAAGAAUCGAGGACCUCCACCUUCUGUGGGACACCUGACUACAUCGCCCCUGAGAUCCUGCUGGGUCAGAAGUACAACAGCUCGGUGGACUGGUGGUCGUUCGGCGUGCUGCUCUACGAGAUGCUGAUCGGUCAGUCUCCGUUCCACGGCCGAGACGAGGAGGAGCUGUUCCUGUCCAUACGAACGUACAACCCCGUUUACCCCAGCAGUCUCAGCAAAACAGCCAAGGACAUACUAGUCAAGCUUUUUGUGAGGGAACCCGAGGAGCGACUGGGAGUGAAGGGAAACAUCCGACGGCACAGUUUCUUCGACAGCAUCGACUGGAGCGCCCUGGAACAACGGCAGGUGGCGCCGCCCUUCAGGCCCACUUUAUCGUCACCGAGCGACUGCAGCAACUUCGACAAAGAGUUCAUCAACGAGAGGCCCAGGCUGUCGUGCGCCGACCGCACGCUCAUCAACAGCGUCGACCAGAGCAUGUUCAGAAACUUCUCCUUCGUCAACCCGGGGAUGAACCGCAUCGCAGCCCGCUGACCGGACCCGACCACAAGAAAAAUAAAAUGAAGAAGAAAAACUACCUGCUACCUACAAGCGAGCCGCUCAGACACAACCAGCACUUACUGUAACUGAAAAUAAACUGCAGAGACUUUAGACUGUGAAUGUCACAAAACUGAACUGUAUAUUCAAACUGGAUUAUAAUAAUAAUAACCACUAAAGAUGUGUCCUGGGUGAAAACGCACGAACAACAAAAUGGUGACUGGAUCUUUAAGAGAAAGCACACAGAUACCUUUUAAAACAAAAAAACAAACAAAAAAAAAAGCAGAGUUGUGAUACAUCGUUAAUAAGUCAGUGGUGAUCAUUGUUGUUUUGUUUUCGUCAUAAAUGUUUCAAAUAUUCAUACAAAUAGAUGUAGUAUAAGUAUUCAACACCAAUAGUUUGAUUUCAUGCUUAUUCGGGGGGUGUUUAUCCGUAGAACAUGUACUUGUAAUAAACUAAUGGUGGUGCCUCAUAAUACUUUAUGGAGUUCAUGUAAAACAAAAACUGAGAAAUGUACCAAUUAAAUCUCCUGUAUAUUCCUGUCCUGUUCGAUAGCAGCCUCCAUUUUACACUUUCUAUGUAAAUAACUGGAUGUGGUAGCAUUAGGUAGCUUAUAAAUGUGCUAAUGUAUCAGAAUGAAAUGACCGGGUUAUUGUUUACAUGUGUUUUUCCUGUUGUAUCUCAGGACUUUUACCGACGAUCUAGUCAGGAUCAGGUACUUAGGUCCCUGUUAGUUUUUAUUCUUCUCUUUCGUUGUGAAUUCUGUACAAUAAAAUGGGUGUUUUUUAAA